UGCAAUGAAAUAUUUUUUUAACGACAUCCUAAGAGACUAGGCAGUGUAGAGCAGGGGAGAUGGUGAUGUGGGUGUUCGGGUAUGGGUCAUUGAUAUGGUAUGCGGGAUUCGAGUACGAGCAGCGCCUGGUGGGGUACAUACGAGGAUAUCGCCGUGUCUUCUAUCAAGGCAGCACCGAUCACAGGGGUACUCCCGCCUUCCCCGGCAGAACUGUCACUCUCGAGCCUCACCGCGACCCUGCUCACAUUUGCGUCAGUCAUUUAUCUAUAUGGGGAGUUGCUUACAAGGUUUCUGGACAUCAGGCUGAACAGAUUGCAUUUUCUUAUCUAGAAGUUAGAGAGAAGCAGUACGACAAAAAGGUCUACCUUGAUUUCUAUUCUGAUGACGACGCGACAGAACCAACUUUAAAAAACGUCCUUGUAUAUAUUGCAUCAACUAACAAGGAUGUGAAUAUAAAUUACUUGGGCCCUGCACCUUUAGAAACAAUUGCUCAUCAAAUUAUUGAAGCUAGAGGUCCUUCAGGACCCAAUAUGGAGUAUCUUUUCAAGCUCGAGACGGUGCUAAUUGAGAUGGGGUGCAAAGAUGAGCAUGUAACAGACCUUGCCAAUGCAGUCAGGAAAGCUUUGGCAGAGAGGGAUGAAAAUGGUAUCUUAAAGGAGAAUGGUGCCAAAUAAGGACUUUUUAUAUAAUCUUCAUAAUAUUUUCGGAACACAUCAUACAUUCUACUGAGAAUAUGGUUAUAAGAGGCAGGAAAAAAUAAUAAUCCAUUUUCUAUAAUUUCCAGCA